AUGUUAGUAGUGAGUGAAAUGGGAAAUAUGUUAGCCAAGAAUCCGUUCGAUAACGUCACCGAACAGGAGAUCCAAGACUACAAGAACAUUGUUGAGCGAAAGCAAAGGGGAGAACCAGUGGAUGACUUGCCCGACGAUUCCUACUUCUCCAAAGCCAAGAAUCCGUUCGAUAACGUCACCGAACAGGAGAUCCAAGACUACAAGAACAUUGUUGAGCGAAAGCAAAGGGGAGAACCAGUGGAUGACUUGCCCGACGAUGUGCGGCAUUUGCUGAUAGAACCGGUCUCUAUGAACCAAACGACACAAGACAUCACUAGUCCUACUUCUCCAACAUCUCCACUCUCUGAAGACGGUAUGUAUGCGCACAGUAUGUGUGCCAUUAUUUCGGGACAAUCUAUUCGGUGAUUUGGCGCAGCUUUUGAUCUCUCAAUAUAUACCACAC